UUACGGCAAAUCCGUAAAGCAAACAGAGCGGUAAACAAACCGCCCUCGGGUUUCCUUUUGCCUCUGGCUUUUACGACAGUGCCUGGCGCGGAAUAUGGUUGGCAGGUGGGAAAGUGCCUGGUUUGUGGGGAGGAGAUUUUGAAGACGCCUGAGGAGAGGGUGGAAGCUGAGGGGAGGAGAAAGAGGGGGAGACCCUGAGGAAUAAAAGAGGGGCGGCAAGUUGAGGCCGAGGGGGCGUCUCGGGUUAUGUUGAGGCACCCAUAAGGGAGACCAAGAGGAGGGACAAGGAUGAAGGGGUGAAAAAGAGGCAGAGAAAGGUGGCAGGUGAGGGGAAGGCCUGAGAUUUGGCAAGGGGGGGAGUUUUGGAGGGUUUGUUUUAAUGGGGGGAAGCACUGGAGGGUUUUUUUUUGGUAAGGGGCUGAUAAAGAGGUGGAGAAAAGGCUGAGAAAAGCGUAGGACUGGCAUAUAGGGGAGGGGGAAUAAUAAAAAGUGAAAAGGACUGCCCUUUUUUUAGGGGUGACUUUUUAAAAAAGUUGAGUGAAAGGUAGAUUUGAGAGAAAGAAGAAGAAGGAGGGGGGUGAGAGAGAGAGACAGAGAUCAGAAGGAGUCCCAGAGGUUGAGAUCCAGCAGGUGUUGAGCGGAUGGAGGAGUUGUAUAGAGGAGACACUUCUGGGCUUGGCAGUGAGGUAGAAGGGAAGCUGUUGGCUUUGGUGUUAUAAGGCAGCAGCUGGCCACCGUCUUGGGUUAUGUGUGGUUGAACCCUGGUGGGCUGUAAUCUGGAGUCAGACCUAUUGGUCGGAUAAGUGGAGCGUGGAAUCAAAAUUGUGCUUUGACAAGGCCGGUGGGAAGACUGAUUACCUCCAUAUUUGGCGCUGAGGCAGAUGUAGUCUGAUGCUGGUUUUAACUGCCUGAUCUUGGAACUGAAAUUCUGCCAUUGCUCAACAUGAAUGAAGCUCACUGACUGCCUCCUGAUGAAAAGGAUCUCCCAGUUUCUAGUUGCCCCAACAAUCUAUGGUUAUCAGAGUUGACGUCUGUAACAAAUGGAAACCUGUGAACAUUGGAACACCUGUAGUUUUUGCAGCCUUUAACAUUCCAUAUGUGGCAUGUGAACUGUCUUCCUCUGUAUCCAGAACCGAGUUUUAAUCCAUUUUUAACCAACUUGCUGCUGUUCCCGUUGUUGCCAUAAAGGUUCUGUGAAAGACACAUAUCAUAAUAUAAAGCAGCAUUGUAAAGAAGGUUCUGCUAUGCCUUGGCAGGCUGGGAGUUGGGUUCAGCUCUCAGGAUGAUCAGUCAGACCAGACUGUUUGCCCACUGUGGAGUCAGAUUGUUUUUCCGGUCCUGGAGUCUUUGCUUCUCUCAGACUGCUGAGGGCAUGAUGUCCCGAAACAUCCAGAAGGUUCUCUGUGUGGCAGAGAAAAACGAUGCGGCCAGAGGAAUUGCAGACAUCCUUUCCAACAGCCGGAUGAGGAGGAGAGAAGGGAUUUCCAAGUUCAACAAGAUCUACGAAUGCCAGUACCACAUGUUUGGCCAGAAUGUAACUGUGGUGAUGACAUCUGUGUCUGGACAUCUCCUGACUCAUGAUUUUAAGAUGCCGUUUCGAAAAUGGCGUAGCUGCAACCCUCUUGUCCUCUUUGAUGCUGAAAUCGAGAAAUUCUGUCCGGAAAACUACAUGGAUAUUAAGCGAACCCUUGAACGAGAGGUCCAGCAGUGCCAGGCUCUGGUGGUCUGGACAGAUUGCGAUCGUGAAGGAGAGAACAUUGGCUUCGAAAUCAUUCAUGUUUGCAAAGCAGUAAAGCCAAACCUCCAGGUGUUCCGAGCCCGUUUCUCCGAGAUCACACCUGGUGCCAUCAGAGCUGCCUGUGAGAACCUAACCCAGCCCAAUCAGAACGUUAGUGAUGCUGUGGACAUCAGGCAAGAGUUGGAUCUCAGGAUAGGUGCUGCCUUCACCCGAUUCCAGACUUUGAGGCUCCAGAAAAUCUUCCCUGAUGUUUUAGCAGAACAGCUGAUCAGCUACGGAAGCUGUCAGUUCCCUACACUGGGGUUCGUCGUGGAAAGGUUUAAAGCCAUUCAGGCCUUUGUUCCUGAGAUGUUCUAUAAAAUUAAAGUGACCCAUGACCAUGAAGAAGGCACUGUGGACUUCAGCUGGAAGAGAAACCGUCUUUUUAACCACACAGCAUGCCUUGUUCUUUACCAAAUGUGCAUGGAGGAUCCAGUAGCCACAGUUGUGGAGAUCGGGAGCAGACCAAAGAGUAAAUGGAGACCCCUGCCACUGGAUACUGUGGAACUUGAGAAGUUGGCUUCCCGUAAACUGAAAAUAAAUGCAAAAGAAACCAUGAAAAUUGCUGAGAAGCUCUACACUCAGGGGUACAUAAGUUAUCCUCGAACAGAGACCAACAUUUUCCCCAAAGACCUAAACCUCCCCAACUUGGUGCAGCUUCAAACACAAGACCCUGAUUGGGGAGCCUUUGCGCAAAGGAUUCUAGACCAGGGUGGGCCAACCCCACGUAAUGGAACUAAAUCGGAUCAGGCUCAUCCCCCUAUUCAUCCCACAAAAUAUGCGGGUAACUUGCAGGGGAAUGAACAGCGACUAUAUGAAUUCAUUGUGCGCCACUUUCUGGCCUGCUGUUCCCAAGAUGCUAAAGGGCAGGAAACAACAGUGGAGAUUAACAUUGCUAACGAGCGCUUUGUUGCUCAUGGGUUAAUGAUCCUGGCCAGAAAUUACCUGGAUGUCUAUCCUUAUGAGAAUUGGAGCGAUAAGGUCAUCCCUGUUUAUGAGAGGGGAUCUCAUUUUCAGCCCACCACGGUGGAGAUGGUAGAUGGGGAGACAACUCCACCCCAGCUCCUUACAGAAGCUGAUCUCAUUUCCCUCAUGGAAAAACAUGGCAUUGGGACCGAUGCCACCCACGCUGAGCACAUUGAGACCAUCAAGUCCCGCAUGUAUGUGGGGCUCACUCCAGACCAGAGGUUCCUCCCAGGACACUUGGGGAUGGGGCUGGUAGAAGGCUACGAUUCCAUGGGCUACGAGAUGUCUAAGCCUGACCUCCGAGCUGAACUGGAGGCUGACUUGAAGUUGAUUUGCGAGGGGAAGAAGGAAAAAUCUGUUGUGCUCAGGGAGCAGAUCCAGAAGUACAAGCGAGUCUUCAUUGAAGCUGUAGAGAAGGCAAAGAAGCUAGAUGAGGCUCUGUCUCAGUAUUUUGGGGAAGGGACCCACAUUGCAGAACAAGAUGAAAUCUACCCAGCGAUGCCCGAUCCUGUUAGGAAAUGUCCACAGUGCAACAGCAACAUGAUCUUGAAGACCAAGAAGAAUGGAGGGUUUUACCUCAGUUGCUUGGGUUAUCCCAUCUGUAAAUCUGCAGUGUGGUUCCCCGAUUCUGUGCUGGAAGUCAGCAAGGACGACUCCAUCUGCGAUGUAUGCAAACCACAUCCAGUGCACAGGCUGAAACUGACAUUCAAGCGGGGCAGCCUCCCUGCCAUGAUGCCCCUGGAGUUUGUGGGCUGCAUCGGAGGCUGCGAUGAAACCCUGCGGCAGAUCCUGGAUCUGAAAUAUCUUCAGAGGCCACCCAGGCCUUUGCAGCUAGCCAACCAGCCAACUAAUCUCUUACAAGCCAACCAUUCCCUUAACCGCAUAGACAGCAACCAGAACAGCCAUAGGCUGCUCCCACCUGCUCCCUUAGCCCCUCCUGCAAGGGCAGCCCAGAACCGUCCCCCUGCGCUAGUCGACGCUGACAGGAACAACGUGGUGGUGUGCAACUGUGGGGAGGAGGCUGUGCUGCUCACAGUCCGGAAAGAAGGGGCCAACCAAGGCAGACAGUUUUAUAAAUGCAGCGCUGGCAGCUGCAACUUCUUCUUGUGGGCUGAUCAGCAACCGGAGAGCAGGGGCAGGGGGGUGCCCAGGAGCUUUGCACCACCUCCAGGCCCCUUGCAUAGAGGGGAAGGGGGCUCAGGACGCUCUUGGAGUGAUGGCUCUGACCCAGGAAGAGGUGGAGGUGAGCAAGGUGCUGUCUGCAGGUGUGACCAGCCCACUGUUACCAGGACAGUUCAGAAAGAGGGACCCAAUAAGGGACGCCAGUUCCACACCUGCUCCAAGCUGAGAGAACAGCAGUGCGGUUUUUUCCAGUGGGCGGAUGAAAACAUGGCGACAGCCACCACCUUUCCUUCAAACCACUUCAUGGGUGAAGGGAACUUGAGAGGGUCAGGAGCCAAGACGAAAAGAUCAGACAGCGAUUCUUCCCUGAGGGCCCCCAUUACCAAGAGGCCACGGACUUGCGGGAUUUGCCACCAAGCUGGUCACACCAGGAGGACCUGCCCACAGAAUCACUGAAGUAGUUCAGCCCAUAGAACUUGGUCCAGGACAUCACUGUGGAAAGAUGGGGGAAGAGAGGGAAAUCCAUGCAGUGCCACAAGGGUAUGUUUGCCUGAGGACAUUAAAAGCCUGUUUGCAAACAUUAAAGUCGUUUUGCGGCUUGGCCUUCAAAUUCUUCAAUGCAGAUGGGAGGUCAGAACUGUUUUCUAUAAAGCAGGCACCCGAUGGGCCUUCGUUCUAGUGGUAACGCAUUAAACAGUCAGACUAGUAUGGGGAGGAAGUCUUUCCGCAAAGACUUCAGAGCUUCCCUUCUUUCAUACAUGCUUCCUUAAUGAGGAUCUUUUUUUCCCCUGCCUGAACAAGCAUAAAUCAGAAGAGAGAAAUGUUUUUUCCUGCCCGUUAUCCUAUAUACUCUGUUCCGUCCUUGAUGUGGGGCAAACUCUUCAUUAUGGAGCUGCAAACAGAACUCUUGCGAAGGCUGGCUCGGCCCAGGCGCUUAGCCUGAAGUACCUGUUUCUUUUUAAUGACACGCACAUGCUUGAAAAUGCAUGACUAACUAAUCCAAGACUUUGCAUCGAAUGCACCAUCAAGAAAAGAUAUGGAGUCAAAUAAGACUACUGUGUAGUUCUUCUGUUUUCAUUGCAGCUGAGAUUUAUUAAAACUCAUGUUACUUUC